GCUGCUGCUGCUCCUCCUCCUCGGCCCGGUCCCUCCUCUCCCUCCUCCGCCGCUCUCCUCCCUCCUCCUCGCCCAGGACCAUUUCAAAAUGGCCGGGAUCCCUUUGUAUUUUGUGGAUUUGCAGGAUGACUUAGAUGAUUUUGGGUUUGAAGACUAUGGACCAGAUUGUGAUAGCAUGAGGAUAACUGCAUUCUUGGACAUUCCAGGACAGGAUAACUUGGCUCCGCUUGCACGUCUGGAAAAAUAUGCUUUUAGUGAUAAUAUAUUUAACAGCCUUUACAGGCAAAUCAUUGCCAGGGGUCUACUUGAUGUCUUUCGAGAUUUCAGUCACAAUGAAGAAGAUUACUUGACAGUAAUGGCAAUAGUGGUCCGACUGGCUGAAGAUACAGAGCCUACUGUACGGACAGAAUUAAUGGAGCAGAUACCACCCAUUGCUAUUUUUCUACAGGAGAGUAGACAAAACUUUCCUACCUCCUUUUCUGAAUACCUUAUGCCUAUUGUGGUGAGAUAUCUCACAGAUCCAAAUAACCAGGUUAGAAAAGCAAGCCAGGACUCACUGCUCAUACUACUGGAACAAGGUCUUGUUGGUCAAUAUGAUAUUGAAAAUAAAGUGUGUCCAAUCCUGUUAGAUCUUUCCGCUCCUGAGAGUGAUGAUGAAUACAAAGUGGAAGCUGUAAACAUAAUCUGCAAAAUGGCUUCUAUGGUGAACAAAUCAACGGUUGAACAGUUGCUGCUUCCCCGAUUCUGUGAACUCUGUGGUGAUGGGAAACUCUUUCAAGUUCGGAAGGUUUGUGCAGCAAACUUUGGAGAUAUUUGCAAUGCUGUGGGGCAAGAAGCCACAGAAAAGAACUUGAUUCCAAAGUUUUUUGAGCUCUGCUCUGAUAGUGUUUGGGGUAUGCGAAAAGCUUGUGCUGAAUGCUUUAUGGCUGUCUCCUACACCAUUUCACCUGAAGUUCGGAGAAGCAAGCUGUCUCCCCUCUUUAUUAGUCUCAUCAGUGACCCUUGCAGAUGGGUUCGUCAAGCUGCUUUCCAGUCCCUCGGGCCGUUUAUUUCUACUUUUGCAAACCCUUCCAGUGCUGGUCUUUACAUUCGGGAGGAUGGGACACUUAGCAUCCGGCCUUCCAGUCCAUGCCCAACAGGCAACAAUACAAAUGACGUGCCAUCCAGUCCAGAGGAGCAAGUGGGGGGGAAAUUGGAAUCACUGACAGACGGGCCUUCUGCUAGAUGUGAGAAUUCAAAUUCAGGUGCAACAGAAGAAAGUUCAGCUACACAAGUAACCAUUGGAGUAGAUCAGACUAUAUUGACUCAGAGUGAUAAUGCUGAUCCUUAUGUGACCAAGGAUAUUAAGGAAUGUCAAAUCAACAGUUAUCAGGAAGUGAACUCAAGGGUCCAAUCAGCAGAGGAUGUGUUCAAUACCUUCUUAUAUUGGCGUCCUCCUCUUCCUGACAUAAGUCAGGAUCUAGAACUGCUUCAGUGCAAAACUGAGAUACAUGAAGAGAGCUGUCCGGCGUCGGAAGUUCUUUGUAAUAAUUGUGUUGCCAGCAGUGAAAUAAAAAAAGUUCUGCAGAGUUUGCAGGAACACAUGGAUGACCCAGAUGUUCAAGCUCAGGUUCAAGUACUGUCUGCUGCACUUAGAGCUGCUCACCUUGAUUCUGUCGGUUGCUAUGAGAUCAAGCAGAAUGAAGAAGUCAAUGGGAACUACCCAGAAGAUACACCAGGUUUGGUCCUUGAUCCCAAUUCAGUGAAUGACAGCACCUUAUCAUCAUUGCCAAGCCAGGAUGAGGCAAUUAACCCAUCCAGUCCAACUGUGAUUAAAAAUAUGGACUCAGAAGAGCAACACAGUGGGGACAACAAAGCUUUAGAGGCAGAAAAGAAUGAUCCACUUCAUGAAGAAGAUAAAUCAAAAUUACAGGAUAUCAUACCUCAGCCUUUAUUGGACCAGUACUUAUCUAUGACGGACCCUGCUCGAGCACAGACUGUUGAUACUGAAAUUGCAAAACACUGUGCGUACAGCCUUCCUGGUGUGGCCUUAACACUUGGUAGGCAGAACUGGCAUUGUUUGAAAGACACAUACGAGACCUUGGCAUCAGAUGUACAGUGGAAGGUGCGUCGGACACUUGCUUUCUCUAUUCAUGAACUGGCUGUUAUUUUGGGAGAUCAGUUAACAGCAGCGGAUCUAGUGCCUAUUUUCAACGGCUUCUUAAAAGAUCUGGAUGAAGUGCGAAUUGGAAUCCUUAAACAUCUUUAUGACUUCCUUAAGUUGCUUCACGCUGACAAAAGACGUGAGUACCUUUACCAGCUACAAGAAUUUGUGGUUACGGAUAACAGCAGGAAUUGGCGGUUUCGUUAUGAGCUUGCAGAGCAACUCAUUUUGAUACUGGAGCUCUAUAACCCCAAUGACGUCUAUGACUAUUUGCGGCAUAUUGCACUAACACUCUGUUCAGAUAAAGUUUCUGAAGUCAGGUGGAUCUCCUUCAAGCUGGUUGUGGCAAUAUUACAGAAAUUUUAUGCAAACAGUGCAAACUCUCUGGGUUUAAAUUUCAUUAAUGAGUUGAUUGUGAGGUUCCGCCAUUGUUCCAAGUGGGUUGGAAGACAAGCAUUUGCCUUCAUCUGCCAGGCAGUCGUUGAAGAGGAGUGCAUGCCUGCUGACCAUUUUGUUGAACACUUGUUACCCAGCCUUCUAAGUCUGGCUUCUGAUCCUGUGCCAAAUGUAAGGGUUCUGCUUGCUAAAGCUCUGAGGCAAACAUUGUUGGAGAAAGUAUAUUUUAGAAGUGUUGGCAACCCUCACCUUGAAGCCGUUGAAGAGACUGUCCUAGUUCUGCAGGCGGACAGGGACCAGGAUGUUUCCUUUUUUGCCACCAUCAAACCAAAACACAAUAAUAUGCACAUUACUUCACUUGAGAAGCAAAAUUAACUUCAUUUGUCCGUGUGGACCACAAAAUGAUGACUCAGCUAACAGGUUGCUGCUUUGGCAAUGAACCUGGAGGAAGGACUGCAUCAAGCAACCAAUGUAACCGAAGGGGAAAGGGCUUGUUCUUAAUACCGUCAUUUAAACGAGGAACACGUUGACCUUUUUAUCUACAGACUGGCAAUACUGAUAUGGAAUGCCCACCAAUCAUUCAGCUUUUGGUUUUUUGCCUUUCAAGGAUGUGGGUGGGGACACUCCUCUCCACAGAAAGUAUUUAUGUAUUGCUUGUGUGAAGUUGUACACAUUCAUUGCUUCAUCGUCACCCCAGAUAACAGGAAUAUGCCUUUUGAGCAUGGUGACUCAGAGACAAGGGAAGGCUAAUCACUUGACUUCCAAUUCAGAAUGGCGCACAGAGCUGUAUCGUCAGUGAACAUAGAAAAUGUGGACUCUCACCCGUUUUGUUGUAGUGGACACUCACUGUUGCAUUGCUAAUGGCAUCACAUUUUAUUAUAUAAAUUCAUCCAGAACGUUGGAAAAGAAUUUGGAAAACUUGAAUCCAUAUCUGUAAGCCAUUUUUUUUUAAAAAAACAAACAAACAGCACAGUUGUUUUAUUAGAGCAAAAGUAAAUUUUCAUUCCCCCUGGGUGGAGGUGGGGUGUGUGUGUGUGUGUGUGUGUGAGAGAGAGAGAGAGAGAGAGAGAGAGAGAGAGAGAGAGAGAGAGAUUCAUAGUGGUAGCUUGCCUUCAUUCUUGCAGUUAUCUCUCAAUCUUUUUCUGAUAAAGAUGUUACAUUAAUAUAAGCUGCAGUUCUCAAACAACUAACUUUGAAGUAGUUCUUGUAUAUUUGUUGGGCCUACUCCAAAGUAAGUGGUUUGAGGCUUGUGGAUAUAGACUGUUGGGCCUUCAAUCCUGGGAUAUGGUUGGAAUUUGUUCAAAAGUCUGGAGAACACACACAAGCUUUUGCUUGUUUAUGAGUGCAAGGUCAGAGAUCUGGGAAUCUGGGUUUAUCUACUUUGGGUCUUGAGAGUUGCUUCCCCCCCCC